UGUAGCGACGUCGUGCGGAUAGGGGUGGCGCACGCCUGCGACUGAACACGUCUGUCACUGCAGCACUGGACUAGAUUUCCUUUUUUGCAUACAAAAGGAAGUGACAAUGAUUUACCUGGUGACACCAAUCUUUCGGCUCUUCGUCCUCGCGCUGGACAUCCUGGAGUUCCUUUGGGGAGCCUACUGGGAUGUUGUAUGGACAUUUUUGUACCUUGUGUUUGACAAACCUAUGAAGAGCAUUUGUGGCAAAACAGUACUGAUCACUGGGGCAGCUAAUGGCGUUGGCAGAGCAUUGGCGUUUGCGUUUGCUAAGCAGGGAUGCAAUGUCAUCUGUUGGGAUGUUGAAGAGGCUGGGAACCAGGCGACGGCCGAGGAGGUGCAGAAGGCCUACGAACAGGUGCGGUCGGCGGCCUACUGCGUGGACGUCAGCGACCGAGAGCAGGUGGAGAGGGCGGCCAACAAGGUACGAGAAGACUUCAGCUUCGUCGACAUUUUGGUGAACAACGCCGGCAUCAUGCCGGCAAAGCAGUUUCUAUGUCACACGCCAGAGGAGAUCAAGAGGAUUUUCAAUGUCAACGUUUUCUCCCAGUACUGGACGCUCCGCGCCCUGCUACCGGACAUGCAGCGCGCCGGCCGGGGAACGGUGAUCAGCAUCUCCUCCAACUGCGGCCUGAUGGGCUCGCCCAACCUGGUGCCCUACUGCGCCUCCAAACAUGCUGUCAGAGGGCUCAUGGAGGCGCUGACCGAAGAAGGGCGCCAUCUGAGCAAGAAGCGCCAGCCGCCGGUGCACUACCUGACCGUGUUCCCGUUCAUCAUCAACACGCGCCUGGCCAAGUACCCGCGAGUCAGGUUCCCGUGGCUGACGCCGGUGCUGACGCCGGAGUAUGUGGCCGCGGAGACUGUGAAGGCGCUCAUGGAGGGGGAAGAGGUGCUGUUCUUCCCCAAGUGGAUGUACCCGUUCUUCCUGUUCAGUCGGAUCUGGCCCCGCCGCACGCAGCAGCGCUUCUACGACCUCUUGGAUACGGGCUUGGACGAGAACCAGUUCGACGUGGCCGACCAGAUGCGCCACUUCAACGCGCACUGAGCUUCACCGUCCCUGACGAGGGUGUGGGGCUCGCCAGGGACGCCCCCGAGUCCCUCUCCGAAGCCACCCAGAGCACAUUGACGUCUGGACCACCAACAGUACACUGCACAGCCUCCUGUGUGGCAUUCACAGCUGAUUUGGUGGCCACGCUAGCCGUUGGGUAGCUUCAAAAUCACCGUGGCUUACGUGGCCCCUUUGGUGGCUUGUGCAGCCCUUUUUGUGGCUUUGACAUAGCGCUUGGUUGGUGCCUUCGUGCGGACACGGUUGGGUCAGUGCGCCGACCGUGGAGGGCAGUUUGUGCUUCCGGAGGAUCACCGUAUGUAGCUGCCUCUCUGCGUCGCAGGAGGCUUAGCUUUAAUAUUGUGUGUUGUUUGGCUGAAAUACUCCAGAAGCUUCCGUACUCAAAGCUCAGUGAUGUCUUUGGAUGUUUAACCCAAGUAACGUCAGCGGUGAAAGCGGUAUUUAACGAAACAUGGCCGGUGUUUUAGGGCACUAUGCUGUCAACUUACUCAGGCAGUGCAGAUGCGUCAGGUACUUACGCACCGAAAUACUCACGGGCCCUUUGGCCAGUUGUGCAAGAUGUCGGUUUAGUGGCCGGAAGGCAGUCCAUGUUAUGAGUCGGCGGUGCUCGUUGUGUUCAGUGCGGUCGUGAUCGGUGGCAGUAUGAUAGCCAAUCACCGACCACGCUUGUGCUCACAUGUCUCCCGCCCUCUCCCAUUGGUGGUAAGCUCCGCCGUUGCUCAUCGGACGGCUCGCUCCUCCCCGAUGGAAGACUCCGUCCGUUUCGAAGCCUUUGGGACGCUGCGCGCCAGUCCGUCUGGGCGGAGCGUGGCCGCGGUGGACGGCAGUCCAGUCUGUCGAGGCAGCCAAGUCGGUCGACUCUGGUUGUGGUCUCUAACGGUUGAUGGCUGCUGUUUGCAGCGGGGGUGUUAUCUUGUGCUCAUGUGGUUGUCGUACGGGUUUGUGGUGUCGAUGCGUGAGACGGGUCUGGGCGGUUAUGUAUUGUAACUUAUGAAAUCGGGUGUCGUAUUACUAGCCUGAGACUGUGUCAAGACUUAAAAGCACCCUGCGCGGGCUUCGCAUUCCACAAUGGUGGUUGUUUUAUAUGGGCGCUGCUGAUGUACCAACGGACUGCUGUCUGACGUGCUCUGCAAUACAUGUCCACUUUUUGA